GAUGCAUAGCAAAGAUGUCACAAUUUGAAAAAAUUCCCCCUGAACUACGUCUACUCAUUUACAGAGAGCUUUUUUCUGUGAAGGAGGUAAUUCAUGUAGGCACUCCAAAGUCGAAAAUGUCUCGGUAUCCGAAUAUCCUCCAGUCGAAUAGAUUAAUUUAUGGCGAAGCUACAGAAAUACUAUACACUGAGACACUUUUGAUCUUACACCUGCAUCCAGACAAUUAUCCUGAGAUUGGAUUUCGUCACAACCCGUUUGAAGAUGAAAGAUGGGAAAAAGGUUACGCAUGGCCAUCAAAAGAUCUUGUGGCUGUGCAAUACGGCGGUGAAGAAUUGAAAGGCUCAAUGGAGCCGCAUGUCUUUGCUAGAUUUCGCCGAGUACUCAUUUGCUUGCAAAGUACACUUGAGGCGCGUUAUGUCGCCUCGUGGGUCAAUCCGGAUAUUUCCAUUGUCGAGGACAUAAAGUCCACAGUUGAGCGUCACCCACAUCCACUCGCGUUUAUUGGCAAACUGCUGAGACGUUCGUUUAAUCUACAACUUGCUGGUUUACACUUGGGCCUAGUGCUUGAUGGACACAAGCUAGAGAAUGUAAACGUUCAGGAUCUUAUAAAGAGGUUCAACAAAUGCAGUGAACAAAUUAUGAAUAAUACCGGCCUAUUGCACGGCUGUGAAAAGAUUAAGGCAUCCCUCCACGCCACCACUCAAAAUCCUGAACAAAAGUGCUCCUUGCUAUCUACGCCAUAUUCGGACUUGGAAAGUCAUCUUUCUCAGCCAAGAUAG